AGCUUUUUUGACAGACAAUACAAUACACAUGUAUUAUGGAUUAUGACCUGUUUCAAUCGGAUGACGAUGAAGAUAUUCUUAAUGCUUUCCUGGCUGCAACUCAAACAGAUAAGCAACAAGUAAACACUACUGUUUGCUUGCCAUCUGAACAACAAUCUGCACACAAUGAAUAUACAGCAGUUUUGCCGGAAUUCAAUUGCAGCGGCCGAGAAUCGCGCGUGCAAGAUUUUCGCAAUGAUAGCUUCAUUGGCCUUGGUUAUGGGUUGCAUGAGCUGCCCCCAUGCACCAAGCUGGACAAUCUGAUGUUUGGCUUUGAUCCAGGACAAUUACAAGUGCGCGCUGUAAUGAGUUUCCUCCUAAGCGAUGCAUGCAAAAACGUACAAAAGUUCUACUCGACUGUGGUAGAGCAGCAACAUUUAAGAUCGGCGCAGACCCAAAUCGACUGGUACAAAGCGCGUCAACAGGUCACACACUGCUAUCAUCUGCUGCUACACGAUGAAUUUAUGGAACUGCAUUGGCCAGUAUUGCGGGAACCUGUUACCUAUUUGCGAGAGCUGCUCAACAACAUUCUGGAUGCGGGCACGUGGCGUGUCUUGUAUUUCGCCGAGCACAGUAAGGGCAACGAAUGCCAAGCGCCCGCCUAUCAUUUCUACCACGGUGCGUUAGAAUGGCGUAUGCUGGAUUUGUACCUGAUCCUGAAGUACGAGGUACAUGGGCAGGAACUACAGGAGGCACAACAGAUUUUUUAUGACCAACUGGAGCGCACUCUGGAUGAGCUGAUUCUGUGUGCCAGCUAUUUUCAUCACAGCAAACAUAAAGUUGAAUUGUUGCACUCUUCAGCUUUUGUAUGUCCCUGUAUAAAGGAGUUUUGGAUGCUACUGCAGCGCUUGUUGCCUAUGUGGUCGUACCAGCUGUCGACUUUGAUGCCUCCCGAGGAAGCAGAAUUCUGGCCACUCUUUGACCGAGCCAUGUACCGCUACAAGACGCAGCUCGAUUCUUCCAAAGACUUGGCCUGUCAUGAAUUCCAUGCGUGGUUGCGUCUCUCAUUGGUGCGUCUCAGUGCCCAGUGGAAGCAAGAAGAGUCCAUUCCUUCAUCAGAGGUCCUCCAAAUUGCAGCCUGCCUCAAAGAGUUCCUCAACUGUCAGCCAGAUGAGCAGCAACGACGUGUCUAUCUCUGCCUUUUAGCGCCACUGCAGCUGCAAUUCGGUCGGCCCAACUCAGACGUACUCUGCCAUAUCUGGGAGCAUAUGCAUCGCUCCAUCAACUGUAGCUUGACUAUAGUCGGCUCGCGGAUGCAAGAGCUGCCAAAAACAUGCGCAAGUGGGAGCGCAUACCUGGAGCGCUAUCGCAAGCUGCUCGGAAAGCAGCAGCUGGAUGAUCUGAAUUUAGGCAGCUUUACUCUCUUCGUCCUGCUGCUUGGCAAGUCGCUGCAGUUGCUUGGACAUAGUAACCAGGUGCAAAAAGUGUUGGGUCGUAUCUUCAGCAAAUUCAGCGCCGCAAAAAUGCUAGCGCUUAACGAGCAGGGCAUACACCAAGUGAUCGAGCUUUUUCUGAGCUUAUUGCUCUCAUACUGUGAUUUUGCGGAGUUGGCGCCUAAAUUGCGAGAGAUGAUGCUUUGUAUGUCAUUGGACAAGCUGCCGCCAAAUCGUCGCCUGGUCACAGCGAAAGGUCACAUGGCACUGCUAUUGUUGCACGUAGAGCGUCAAGUGCCGGUGGACGAAUACGUUAAGAAGCUUUUGGCUCAGCUCAAGAAAGUGCAAAAUGACUUGGAUGUAGCUAGUGUUUUUGUAGCUGCACUUCAGCCGAUCUACAAGCAGACUUGCGACUUUUCUCAUGGUGAGCAUCUUUUGAUCAGUUCUUGGCUGGUCCAUUACGUAGAACACAGUGAACAGGCUGCCCAGGAUCGCGUCUGGGAGACGCUACAUCUGAUCUUUGAGCGUAUACGUGAAUUACAAGUCCCAAACGCGGGAGUCCAAGAUAUGUGGCAGGCACUCCAGGACCAUAUACUGCCCUUGCUCCGUCUACAGUACGUUAGUAGCUACAGUACUUGGUUGCCUAAACUGUCCGCAGACUUUUGUCUCAAAGAUGGUAAAUUGCUACCAGGUUUUCUACAUGGUACACCAGCGAAUAUGGCGGCCAAUGCACAGCUACUGCUGCAUGUGCUGGAGGAUCAGCAUGCGGAUAAACAAUCUGGCGGCAUCAUACUGACAGAUGCUGUCAUCAUACAAGUAUGGGUGAAGUCGCUAGUGUUACUGACACCGCAUCACGAAGCUGUGAUUGCGCUAACGCCACAUGUCCAGCAGCUUUCAGAGUUUCAGGCACUGCACAUUGAACCGUCAGCAUUGGAGACAAGAGAACCACUCUGCGCCUUCUUUAGAGCGCUCGACCUGCACGUCCAGGACAAUGCACAUGUGCGCAUGCAAUUAAGCAACAAACUGCAUGCCUACGUACACAACUUUGAGUUGUGGCUGCCACCGGAGCGAAUCCACGCAGAGCGUCCUGAACUGGUUACACGCUUCUACAGUUUUAUAGCCAUUGUUAUUUACAACUGCGCUCCCUUGGCCUAUGUGCGUUCGAAACCGAGCUGCUUCUUUCAUUUGGCUUUGUCGCGUUUUCUCUUGCCUACGUCUCUGCAGACGGGGACACCACCUAAAGGCCGCCUGCCACAGAUGAUGCACAAAAUAUUCCCGGUACUGCUGCAAGGCAUAGGUCGGCUACCUUAUAAAACGGACGCGUAUCUUGGUUGGACAUUGCAAAAGCUUCUUCUUCAUUGGACGCCGUACUUCAGAAACUUGACAAACGCCAAGUUGGUUUCGCGCCCUUAUGCGAGCAUAUUGCAGACUGAUGUGGAGGGACAGCUGUCGCAAUUUGUGUUGGAAAAGCUGAUGGCGCAGUUCCUGGUUGUGCAGCAACGACAGGCGGGCCCAAAUACGGGGCUCGUCGUAACCAUAUUGCAGCAGCUGAUUAAUGGGCUGGAGGAUGUACCAAGCACGGAGCAACAGGCUAGUGGAGAGGCACAGUUGUUGACCCUACUGAAAGCUGCACACCAGCCGCUGCUUGAGCACGUGAUGUUUGUGGACGAAAAUGCCCACAGUCGCAUCUUAGUUCUAGAAUUGUAUCGCGCGCUUAUCAGCCAUAGAAUCUUCCAGCGGUCUUCCACAAUACGUGACGCUUUCGCCGCUGAUAUCUGCACACUAGCCAAAAAACAUAUGGCUCACUGUACCUACUUCUUUUUUCAAAUGCUCUUUAAAAUCAGUGAGCUGGUGCCAGCCCUAGUUGCGCCCCUGCUGCCAUUUGUUAAAAAUGAGGCGCAGAUCGUAGAGCAGAAACGCGGUCCGGGCGUUGAUGUAGGCAUACGUAAAUGCUUACAAAAACUGCAGCAAGUCCUUCAAACAGCUAUGCCAAAGAAUUAGGAAUUGGAGUACAUUCAGCCGACGUCGAAAAGUCGAAUGUCGUGAACACAUUUUUUAAAUGAAACAAGUAAAAAUGCUAAAGUCGGGUGUCCCGACU